AGCACCUGCUGUCUCUCAUUCGGUAUUUCAGUAUAUAGAAGGAAAAUGGCCGUGUUAGUGUUUCUAUUUCUUCCUUUCCUGUAUCUGACAGUUUAUAAGGUGCACGGUCUACCCGACGGUACCUGUUACUAUAACAAUACAAUCUAUCGACCGGGUGACGAAUUUCCCGCAAAGGACGGAUGCAACAACUGCACGUGUCACUACUCCUUCGUUACAUGCACGAAGUGUUUGUGCCUACAGCCUGAGGUUGGGAAGCGAUUUAUCAGCACUAAUAAUAAUAAUAACAACAACAUCAACAAUAACAACAACAACAACGUUAACAUAAAUUACAACACUGUUGUAACAUCAAAUGUUAUCACCGCUGCGAGCACUGUGACAUGCAAUGUAAAUGGUGUGGUUUACAGACAUGCCCAGGGAUACAUUAGUACAGACGGGUGUACCAAAUGUUCUUGUACACAGACGGGAAUGGCUUGUAGUUCACUGACGUGCCUUGGUCACCAGCCAGUACAAAAAGAUUAUCACAAGUGUAAGUACUCAGGAACGACUUACAAUUUUGGGGAUUCUUUUUACCACACUGACGGGUGCAACAAGUGUGUAUGUGGCUUGAACACUAUAGAAUGUACGGACGCGGCGGCGUGCAAACCAACUACCCCAGCAUACGACUGCACCUACGUGCACAACAACGACAACAACAACAAUGGUACCUUAUACAUGCGAGUGGUUUGGGAAAUUUUACCAUGAUGGUGAUGUCAUGCAGGGAGAUGGUUGUCAUAAGUGCACGUGUCAAAGCGGACAAGCGAUAUGCUCUGCUAGCAUGAAUUGUCCAGUAGCUCGAUGAUUUUAUCAAAUUGUUCAUUUUAUAAAUAUCUUGUUCAUGGUUUUCAAUACGAGUCUUCAAAUAAACGUGAGUGAUGAUUGCGGACAA